GUGGGCUGUUGUCUCUGCCGGUGCCUGGAGCUUCUCCUCCCCCGCGGGGGGGCUCUGCCUCUGGAUUAUCCCCCCUCCCCGGCCGGGUGAGGAGGGGGUGAGCCGCACCCCCCGUUCGAGGCGUGGGGGGGCGGGUAUGUGGCUAUGUGUCGUUCCCCCCCCGGCCGGGACGCUGCCUGAUGGCAGCUCUUUGGUCUCCACCUUGCCAGGCUUUCAGCAGGAGAGAUCUGCAGGCAGCUCCACCAUGUCGGAUAGUGACCUCGGGGAGGACGACAGCACCACAUCCCCGGACCCCUCGCUGUCCAACAAGAGGAAGAGAAGGGGCAAUCUCCCCAAGGAGUCGGUGAAGAUCCUCCGGGACUGGCUGUAUGAGCACCGCUUCAAUGCCUACCCCUCCGAGCAGGAGAAGCUCAGCCUCUCGGGGCAGACCAGCCUCUCUGUGCUGCAGAUCUGCAACUGGUUCAUCAACGCCAGGAGGCGGCUGCUCCCUGACAUGCUGCGCAAGGAUGGGAAGGACCCCAACCAGUUCACCAUCUCCCGCCGAGGGGGCAAAGCUGGUGAUGUGGCCCUGCCGCGGGGGUCUGCUGCUGGCUCUGGGGUGCUGGUGGUACCGCCCGUGACGGCCGCGGGGGCCUCCAAGGUGCUGUCGAUGUCCGUGUGCCCUCAGGUACUGUGCCACCCUGCCCAGGCGCUGGGCAGCAACCUGGCAGUGGUGAGCGCUCACAGCCCCGAGUGGGAGAAGCCCCCCGGCCCGCCACGAGCAGAGCCGGACCCCAAAGCCCCGCUGGGUGCCACCGGCAGCACCGUGACCUUGCUGGCCCGGGCUGAGGCGGCCAGCCCCACCAGUGGACUCUUCAACACGCCACCCCCAACGCCCCCCGAGCUCUUCGGUGACGACUUCAGCAGCUUCCAGCUGCUGGUGGAGGUGGCGCUGCAGAAGGCGGCCGAGCUAGAGUCGCAGCGGCAGGGCGGGCAGCUGCCCCUCUUGCCCCAGACUGAGCCCCCAGGAGCCUCCAUCCCCAAAUAACCCCCUGGGCCAGGUCCCACAGGGUGCCCUUCCAUGGGGGUGCCAGACCCUCCCAGCCUCCUGCCACCCAUCUGCCUGCACCCCCCGACCAGCUCAUCUCACAAGCAGACUCCUGCCCUUCCAGGGGCUCUGGUCUCUGCGUCAGCUAUGGUGGGAGAGGAAGGACUGUUCCACCCUGCCAUCCUCUCGCUGGGGAGGCACCCCCACCUCCCAGGAUACUCCGGAAUGGUGCCAUCCGGCCGUUGUGAAAAGGCCUUUGCAGCUUGACUGACCU